UAGUCGAUAUAUCUCAUCGCAAUUAAAUAGAUGUACUACAGUAUAUAAAUAAAAUAAAGUAAAAUAAGUAAAUCCGCUGGAAUAUGCUUUCGCGCUAACCCAAAACAAUUGGAAAAUGUGCGCGGGGCACCCGAAUUUAAUGUAGACUGUUUUCCGCGCUGGAUAUGGUGAGCAGGGACCACAAAACUGAUAAAUCCGAGGCCGACGCCCACUGAAUGCUGUUUCCUGUACAGGAGUGUAGUUUUGGAUAAACGCAAUUUGGACACUUUAGAUAGCCGCCAGCGAACCCCGAACGUAAGCGCAAUGUCACAAGUAAUACCCAACACGCCCACACCCCAAAUGCUGACGACAUCAACGCCCAUAGAACCCAUGAAACCACCACCAGCGUUUCCCACGCUAGGCGGCGCAAACAUUCACGAGCAGGCGUCCGAUAUGAUUAUACGGGCAACCACGAUUUUCGAGGAGCUCAAGCACGACGACGCGAACCUGGAGAACGUGCCCCACCACGGAGUUGAGACUGAGCCGGAGGAGGAUUCCCAUUACGGCGACAACGGCAACUCCAAGAUCCGGAUAAUGCCCAGUGUAAAGCUAAUGGCCACGCCCCCUUCCUCUGAUCCCAAGCGUAAGUUCGUCUGCCCGUACGACAACUGUACAAAGAGCUAUGGCAAGAGCUCCCACCUGCGGUCCCACCUCACCUGGCACACGGGCAUCAAGCCCUUCGUCUGCAGCGAGCCAAAGUGCGGCAAGGGAUUCACGCGCUCCGACGAGCUCAACAGGCACCUGCGGACGCACACCGGCGAGAAGCCCUUCGAGUGCAUCCAGUGCACCAAGAAGUUCUCACGCAGCGACCACCUCACCAAGCACCUGGCCACCCACGACCGCCAGCUAAAGAGCAGCCCGCAUAAGAAAUCGUUGCCGACCAGCGGAGGCGGAGGCGGCAUGCGACUAAAGCCCUCGAAAAAGCAUUCGCAGUCGGAGUCGGACUCGGGCUUUCACUUCAUAGCCGCGAUGGUUGGUUGCGGGGAGCCCAGCAUGGACCACCACCAUCAUCAGCAGCAGAAUCAGCUCCAGCCGCCCGUCGACUGCCACCACAAGCCGCUGAAGAUCAAACUGGAAAGGCCAGAGCACAGCGACAAGUACCAGAUCGUGGCCCCGGAGCACCAGCAUCCGAGUCAGGGCCAGAACCAGAGCCAGCUGCCAUCUUUCCUGGACCAGGCCAAGCCCGAGGUGAAAUAUGAGCCGGUCGAUGAAAUUGUACAUACCCUCUCUCAGUUACCACCGGCGGACGGUCCCGGCACCUACGGGAUGCCCCAGUUCGUCCAGGAUCGGCCCUUCCGCUGCCGGCAGUGCGAGAAGCGGUUCAAGCGGCAGGACGACCUCAACCGGCACAUACGAACGCACACUGGCGAGAAGCCCUACGCCUGCCCGCAGUGCUGUCGCCGAUUCGUGAGGAGCGACCACUUGAAAAAGCACCAGCAGACGCAUUUGAAGAUACGAUAGAAACUAUUCUUAGUUAUACUCCUUAAGUCGCUAGCCACUGGCAUCCGCAUCCAAUUCAUAUUGGCUAAAACACGGCGUGUGUCGGGUGACGCACACAGUACAAUAAAAUUAAAUAAAUUCGCAAUCUAACAAUA